CAUAUGAGGGCAUGAAUGAAGCUGAAGGACCCGUUCCUUGCUUCUCAUAGUCAACAGAGGAAGAGGUCAGAUUGACUUGAAAGCAGGAAGAGAUUGCCUGUCUUCAAGUCAAAUCCAGCCUCCAAAAUGAUCCAGGUUCUCUUGGUAACCAUAUGCUUAGCAGUUUUUCCUUAUCAAGGGAGCUCUAUAAUCCUGGAAUCUGGGAACGUUAAUGAUUAUGAAGUCGUGUAUCCACGAAAAGUCACUGCAUUGCCCCAAAGAGCAGUUCAGCCAAAGUAUGAAGACACCAUGCAAUAUGAAUUUAAGGUGAAUGGAGAGCCAGUGGUCCUUCACCUGGAAAAAAAUAAAGGACUUUUUUCAAAAGAUUACAGCGAGACUCAUUAUUCCCCUGAUGGCAGAGAAAUUACAACAUACCCCUCGGUUGAGGAUCACUGCUAUUAUCAUGGACGCAUCCAGAAUGAUGCUGCCUCAACUGCAAGCAUCAGUGCAUGCAAUGGUUUGAAAGGACAUUUCAAGCUUCAAGGGGAGAUGUACCUUAUGGAACCUUUGAAGUUUUCUGACAGUGAAGCCCAUGCAGUCUACAAAUAUGAAAACGUAGAAAAAGAGGACGAGGCCUCCAAAAUGUGUGGGGUAACCGAGACUAAUUGGGAAUCAGAUGAGCCCAUCAAAGAGGACUCUCAGUCAAAUCUUACUCCUGCACAACAAACAUACUUGGAUGCCAAAAAAUACGUUGAGUUUAUCAUAGUUGUGGACCAUGGAAUGGUCACAAAAUACAAAGGCGAUUUAAAAAAGAUAAAAACAAGAAUGUAUGAACUUGUCAACAUUAUGAAUGAGAUUUGCAUCCCUUUGAAUAUUCGUGUAGCAUUGACUGGCCUAGUAAUUUGGUUGGACAGAGAUAAGAUUAACGUGCAGUCAGCAGCAAAUGUUACUUUGGCCUUAUUUGGAGUCUGGAGAGCGACAGUCUUGCUGAAGCAGAGAAGUCAUGAUUGCGCUCAGUUAUUCACGUACGUCUCACUGUGGGGAAAGGGAAUGGGGUUUCAGUUUCUUGGCAGACUAACAAUAAACAAAUUGUUCUCUUUUCUUCAGGAUCAUAGCACAAUAAAUCUUAGGAUGGCAGUUACAAUGGCCCAUGAGCUGGGUCAUAAUCUGGGCAUGCAUCAUGAUGAAGAUCAGUGUAAUUGUACUGGAUGCAUUAUGUCUGCCGUGCUAAGCCGUCAACCUUCCAAACUGUUCAGCAAUUGUAGUAAGAAUGAUUAUCAGACGUUUCUUAUAAAUCGUAGACCACAAUGCAUUCUCAAUGAGCCCUUGAGAACAGAUAUUGUUUCACCUCCAGUUUGUGGAAAUGAACUUUUGGAGGUGGGAGAAGAAUGUGACUGUGGCUCUCCUAGAAAUUGUCGAAAUCAGUGCUGCGAUGCUACUACGUGUAAACUGACACCAGGGUCACAGUGUACAGAUGGAGUGUGUUGUGACCAGUGCAGAUUUAAGGGGGCAGGAACAGAAUGCCGGGCAGCAAAGGAUGACUGUGACUUGCCUGAAAGCUGCACUGGCCAAUCUGCUGAGUGUCCCAUGGAUGACUUCAAAAGGGAUGGACAACCAUGCCAAAACAACUUUGGUUACUGCUACAAUAGGACGUGCCCCACCAUGAACAACCAAUGUAUUUCUUUUUUUGGGUCAAGUGCAACUGUGGCUAAAGAUUCAUGUUUUCGGAAAAACCAGAGAGGCAGUGAUUAUGGCUACUGCAGAAAGGAAAACAGUAGAAAGAUUCCAUGUGAACCACAAGAUGUAAAAUGUGGCAGGUUAUACUGCUUCCGUAAUUCACCCGGAAAGAAGAAUACUUGCAGUGCCAUAUAUACACCCAAUGAUGAAGAUACUGGGAUGGUUCUUCCUGGAACAAAAUGUGCAGAUGGAAGGGCCUGCAGCAACGGACAGUGUGUUGAUGUGAAUAGAGUCUCCUAAUCAACCACUGGCUUCUCUCAGAUUUGA